AUGGACAACAAGGUCAAUUCUUUCCAGACACCCUCCAACUACUCGGCCAGCUCCGCCUGCGACAAUUAUGGCGCAAACCAGGCCUCUGGCAGCGUCUUCGACUCCAAAGGCGACGACAGUCCUCGUGCAUGGUGUCCCCGAUGGCCUGUAAAAGACGAGGGUAGAGAGUGGCUUCAACUCGACUUUGAUGGCUUAAAGGUCAUCAACCUCCUUAUCACUUGGGGUCUCAGCUCGAAACCGUCAUCGAUGUGGAUAUCUAGCUAG